UUGUGCCUCGCCCCCUCGUCCAGCACCUUGUGGGCUCGGGCGGAAUUGUGGGAUAUUAAAGUCCUCCGGCGGCGCGGUGCCGCAAUGUAUCCCAAAGAGAAGCGGCUGAUCGCGCUCGUCUCUGUGGCGAUCCUCGGACUAGCCCUCUACUUUAUAUCGACGUUUCUUUACAUCUUGUUUAUUAUCGGGGUUGCAUGUGCAGCUUUAUUCUGUCAAACUAACGGUCUGUCCCAACAAAGCAGACUAGGCCAUCAUCCUCGGCCUCACCUAAUAAUCCCCCCGGCUAUCAGGCGCUGGUUCCCCGGGAAACCUGCAAACGGUGUUUCUUCUCCAGGAAAGGCUAGCAAUAGGGGCACUCGUGGUCGUUUCUUUGGAGAUUCCUGGCAGUCGGUGGUGUACAGUGGGGACAGGCGUUGGGAGAGGAGGAAGGAGGCAGAACGAGACGAAAGCAGCGGGUCAUUGUUGUUCAGCCCCCGGGAUUUACUGAUGGGGAGUUACCUUGCAAAGCCUGAAAGCCCCUCGGCUGCCGGAGCUCAUGGGAGGCCCAUCGGAGGGACACGCGAGCUUCGGGAGAGGCUGGCUCGGCCGAACCACAUCGUGCAGUCCCCGAACAAGAGGCUGUCAUUCGGGGAGUCUAUGAAUGCAUCCCACAGGUUCAAUGUGACCCCACAGCGGUGCUACCCCAUCCAGCAGACGGGGUACUCCUCCGUGGGCGUGCUGCCCUCUGUCCAGUGGGACGGCUAUUGCAAGAAAAACGUCCUGUCGUCCCGCAACUCCUCCAUGGUGCACAGCCCCGUGACGGUCAAGAUCGCCCGGCCGGACUCAGGCAGUGUUCGCUCGCCACUCUUUGAACACCUGCCCUCCCCAGUGGCUUCCCUGUCUCCAGUGGCGGCUGCUGGUUCUGCAGACCCGUGUUCAAAGGAGACGGUCCUGAGCGCGCUGAGAGAGAGCCGGAAGAGAGUGGCAGAUGAAGAGGAGGAGAGGUGCUAUUCUGCUGGACAAGACAAGAAAAGAAGGCGCCAUGACAGUAGUGGAAGCGCGCACUCUGCCUUCGAACCUCUGCUGGCCAACGGGGCUCCAUCCUUGCUGGUUCCCAAACCCGGGACCCUGAAGCGGAGUGCGAACUCCCUCGCCGUGGAGGACCCUUUAAUGAAAAGAUCCAGGACAUCCUCCAUCAGCUCCCUCAACUGCACUGCCCCCAGUGGAGUACCCGGCUCAGUGCGCAACUCCAUCCACAGCUCCUACAGCUCCACCCGGGGAAUCUCGCAGCUGAGGAAGAUUUCAGCCCUUAACAUGUCCCCCUUAUCCAGCCCAGGCUCAUCUCGAUCUCAGACUCCUGAAAGAUCACCCAAAAAACCCAGGGAAGAGAACAGCUAUCAUUCUAGCACCUCUACUCCAGUGAAGUCGGACCGGACACCCGAGCAACUCGCAAAGAAGCUGUCUCCGCUGCUGAACCAGACAGCCGCCUCCUCCUCCUGCUCCACCCCUCCCUCUGCAGGGGCCCAUGGGAAACGCAAGCGCAAGAUCCCCCUGGUGUCCAGCCGGAGGGCUGACCAGAUCACCCUGCCCCCACCACCCGAGCUUGGAUACACCAUCACCGCCAGUGACCUGGACUCCGAGAAGAAGGCUGCCCUCAACAGGAUCAAAAAGGUUCUGGAGGAAAUUGAGCCUUCCAAAUCGACACCCUCUUCCCAGUCUGUGGCUUCGUUUACACAGACUACAACCUCCAGUUUGGGCCCAACCCCCUCUGCCAUUGCCAGCCUGCUCCUGAGCUCCAGCACUGCCACCGCGCUCAGUUCCACUGUCACGGGCAUUACCAGUCCGUCAGCCAGCUCUAGCAGUGCAGCAACCGCCCACACAGGCACGCUGCUGAACUCUGUCAUUGCAUCUGCCUCUGCCACAGCUGCCACCACCUCUGCAGGCACAGUCACCACGCUGCCAAGCGCCCUGCCAGCUGGGAGCCAGCCCAGUCCCAAUCCACUGCUGGAUUCACUGAGGAAAAUGCAGAACACCCCAGCCACCACAACGACGGCUGCUGCUGCUGCUGCUCCUCCUGCUACAACCACAGAUUCUGCCAAGACUCUUCUGUUGUCUCUGCUCAGUACCUCUGCUGCUCCGGGAUCAACUCUAACAAGCAUUGCAACUGUCAAGCCCCAGCCUAGCACGUGUUUCCCCUCUGCGCUGGCUCCCCAGCCGGCCCCCCCGUCCAGCCAACCUGCCAGCUCCAUCCUGUCCUCUGUGUUCAGCCAGGUCCUGCCAGAGAGCAGCAGUGCAGCAGCAGGGGGCAUGACCUUUGGACUCUCAAGCAUGGGGCAUUCCACAGCGCCCUCUUCCUCCUCCACCUGUACCACCACCACAGCAGCAGCAUCCAGUAGCACUCAGGCUUUCUCUGCCUUUAAGCCUGUCUUUGGGGAUCCAGCAGCUAGUCAGCCUGCCCCAGUAUCAGCACCUGCCAGUAGCUCAGCAGCCCCAAUCUUCAAAUCAGUCUUUGGAACCGCCAGCACUGGCAGUGCUUUUGGGCAACCGUCGGCGAAGGCGUCCGCGGCAGGAAGCAGCUCUGUUUUCGGCGGACUCUCCACCACGACCGCACCGCCUCCCACUGCUGAAUUGCCAGCCAAGCCCAACUUCAGUUUUGGGGCAAACCCAGCAAGUACCGUCACCACCGGCAGCAGUAAUACAACAACCUCAGCCGGAGCCACCCAGUCCUUCCAGUUUGGCGCUGCAACCACCAUGCUUAACUCCACCGCGGGUUUUCAAUUCGGCAAGCAGCCGGCAGCAGCUAGCAGCACAGCCGCACCGGCAGUCACGGCGCCGGCACCCCAGGUGACAUUUGCCUUCGGACAAACCCUUAAUAACCAGACUGCAGCCAGUGGGGCUUUCGGUGGCUUUGGCACCGCCGCACCAGCCCCUGCCACCACAGCUGCACCGGCAAAUAAAGCCACCUUCUCCUUUGGCAAUGCAGCGCCUGUGACCUUCAGUGCGGCCACUUCCUCUGCAGGAACAGCCGCCCCCUUUGGAGGAAUGGGGGCCACCACGAACCCCACCCUGUUUGGCAGCACUUCUACUGUUCCAGCCGCUCAGCCGGCAGCAGUUGCACCCUUCCCCUUUGGGGGUAGCGCCACGGCCACUACCUUCAGCUUUGGAGGCCAGACAACCACGGCAGCCUCUACCUUUGGGACCCCCAGCAUGCCAGCAUUUGGCAACACCUCCACUGGAUUCUCAUUCGGUACCAACACCUCCUCUAGUGCGACCCCGGCUUUCGGCUCCUGUACCCAAACCACGUCCGCUAACGCGGCUGCCCCCUCUGCGUUCGGAAGCACCCUCCCCGUCGCCACUGCCGGCUUCUCCUUUGGAGCAGCAGCCCAGUCAAGCUCAGCAGCCAGCGCCUUCCCUGCCCCCUCGGCCAGGCAGAGCACAGCACCCAAGCCCAGCACUACCGGCUUCAACUUCGGCAACACGUUUGCGGCUCCUGCUCCCGCUGCCACCUCCUCCAUGGAGAGCAAGCCUGCCUUCGGAGGGUUCAACUUUGGAACUCCGAAUUUAAAUUUUGGUGCUGGAAGUGCAAGCCCUGCUUUUGGGCAGAGUACCCCCGGAGGCCCCAUCCCUUUUGGGAGCCCUGCAACCCCAGCCCCAAACUACACCGGCAUCACACCCUCCCCCUUCGGGUCCCCCACCCCUUCCUUCUCCAUCGGUGCAGGUUCCAAACCUUCUGGCAGGCAGAGGCUGAUGGCUCGGCGCCAGCACACUCGCAAGAAGUAGAGACGAGCUGAACCCUGCCUGGGUGACGGGGUUCCCUCCGCAGACGAGAGCCCCACUACCCCACCCCACCCCACCCUGGCUCUCCGUUCAGAUCACACCCUGCAGAGAGCUGGGACUCCGAUGGGACGUCAGCCCGUCUUUUAUCUUGGUUUUUUUUUUUUUUAAACUGUUCCUUGCAGUGUUUUGGGUUCUUGUGAUCUGAAGGCAACAAACAGAAAAACAAACAGCAACAGCGAAUCCCAAUUUUACUUGAAUAAACCAUCCCAAUACUGGACUCUGUACAUACCUGCUCCCUGUGGCUCUUCCUCUUUUUUUUUUUUUUUGGGUGCAGCACUGGUUCGUUUGUUACUCUUCUCACUUGCACAGGCACUUCUCUCUGCUCUUGCUGUUCGUAAUGCUUUGAUUUGUUUUCAAAUGUGUAUAAAGAUGUCGAAGCCAGAGUCCUCAGUCUUACUCUGGUUUAGGCACUGGGAUGUCGUGAGCAAGCGUUUAUGGCUGAGGAGGUAAUCUGGUUGGGGUUUGAGCUAAUGUUGUGAUCUGAUCUGGGUGCCAAAGCCUCCACGCUCUCAAUUUGUGUCUCCAGCUCAGUCUGGGAUGGGACGGCACGGCAGAGUGGUGGGCACAUCGUUAUGGGCUAUUCUGCUGGAGUCAUCGCUGCGUGUCCUUUUUAUUUUGUGAGGUAAGCAGUUGUGUAGCAAAAGUAGCCUAUUCUGUUGUGGCCAGCAGCUAUGCAAUUGUUAGCCUUUAUACAGCAUUUAAAAAACAAAACCUUGUCCUCAUUACUUUCUGUGAGUCCUGUAAUGCACUGCUUUACUGUGGUUGACUACCUCCUGUAUACCUGUAUAUUAUUUCCUAUGCCCCCUGUACGGGUGUUCCCAUGGUUUAAAUGCACAGGGAUUAUCUUUAAAGUUUCCUAUUUAAUUCCAGCACACCUGCUAAUUGAUGGAUAAAGCUGUUUUUGCUUCUGAAUUGCACCCCGAUACAGGAAAACCCCACUAAUCUGUUCCAGUGGUUUGAGGGCUGGGUUGGGGCGGCACUCUUGUGGUUUAAGCGGAUCACAGAGGAAUCGCAGUACAUCCUCGUCUAGAAUCGCUAAUUUGGCCCCCACCUGGAUUAAUAUAAGAAUGGGAUUGGGAGUCUUCGUUUUUGGUACUUCAGUGAGAGAUGCUUUUAUGUACCGCUGUGUGUUUUUAAAGGAGAUGUAGACAGUAUUUUGCAGACCAAUAAAAAGCGUUACCUGGGAAGCUGAAGUUGGCCAUGUUAAGUAAAAUGAAUUUGCUGGGAACAUUCUCAGUACGGAGUUAAUCCUGUGCCUUUAAAACUGGGAUAGCCCCUUUUUUGUCUCCCUUUUUUUUUUUUCUUAAAUUCAGUGUUUUUGUAUCAAAACACUUGAUUCUUACUACUACUUUUAAAAUGUUUGUGUUUUUUAUAUUGUUUUUGAGUCCCUCAGUGAAUUGAGUUUGGAGGAAAGUUGUGACGAAUGACGGCAUAUUGGUAGUGCCGGAUCUGAUUUUACUAAGGGCAGGGCAGGGGAGGGGAAUCUGGGAGUGAAUCUGAGAGUACGAUUAUCGGAUGAGAUUCUGUAGCUCUGGUGCUGAGUGGCAACUUUUUAUUCUCUGCAAAAAUAAAUAAUAUAUUUAAGCAGACAAAACGCGUUUGAACGAAAUGGCAACGAGGACAGGAAUUUUCUUUAUUUACAGCAAGGUGUGAUCUAUAGAAUAGAGGGAGGCUCGUCUUUCACUUUGAAUUUGACAAAUGAAUGUUGAUGGUAUUAGUCACCUGUCCCACCGUAUGUGGAACAUUUAAACUAUCUUGUGUGUUUUAUUCCUAAUAAAGUAGAAAUCGGUCUGUUGGUAUCGGUGUUCAUAUAUUUAUUCAUGGAUUUUGUUACUUUUCCAUAUUGUCCUCCCAUGGCAUCAGUGAACGAUACAGGAACAGCCUUUUUUAAAUGGUUUUUGCAUUAGACCGUGUAUUGCCUUGGGUCUGUGCUUUACGCAGUAGUUGACAGUAUUAAAUACAUUCUAGUUUUGUCUUUUUUUUUUUUUUUUUGUUAUAUAAAUGUGUUACUUUGGGUAGCUGUCAAAUAGAAGCGACCCUGCCUCGGGGUGGGCUAGCCGCCUGCUGUUAUGAAUGUGUGUGGGGGAUGAUUGACAAAACUUUCAAUUCAGGCAACAAAAACGUACAAAAAAAAAAAGAAAGCUCUAUUUUUAUAUUAAAACAGAUUGCCUUGUGGAGUUCCUUCAAGCUUGGUUCAUUGAGGGGAGAUGUUUACAGGAGCUAGAAUGAUGAUGAUUUUUAGUUUGGCAUUUUCCUUUUGGUAGUUGUGGAGUCUGUAGAUUUUUAUAUAUUUCAAUGUGAAUGAGCACAAAUGGUCUGCAGCAUUUAACUACUGGUGUCUGAGAUGAGGGCUGAGAUUCGGAAUAUGGUUUCCCCAAAAAAAUGGAUUCAGUCCCCCAGUUGGCAUCUUGAAAUGUUGGGUUCUUUUUGUUGCGAUUUCUUGUCUUUUUUUUUUUUUUUCUUUUUCCCAGAUGUGUGUAGUUUUGUAAAUAGAAAGUGUAUAAUCUGAAAGGUGACAAUGUUGUGAUGUGUGGCUGUGGUUUGUUUAAUCAGAAUGUGUAAGGGAACCAUCUUCUAAUCCAGAUAUGUUUUCACCUUGAGAGCAAGAAAAUGACUUCCUUAAACUGGUGGUUUGGUGGGAAGAUUGGAGAUUUGUUUUAUAAAUAAAUAAAUAAAAUAAAUAAAAUAAAUAAAUAAUGGAUAUGGCCCUACAUAACAAACAAUUACUAUUUGUUUUGCAAGCCCUUCCUCAGUUGCUGCCCGGGUCUGACCCAGCUGUCACAGUGGUGGUGGUUUGGAAAGCUCUCUGCUUGACACUGCGGUACUUCAUUGGUUAAAGGCUGGAUUCCCUCAGGGUGAAUGCUGUAAGGUCGUGCUGUUUCUGUUACUGACCGAACCUCUAUCUGUGUGUGUGUGUGUGUGUGUCCUUAUUCAUGUUCUUUCCUCAAAAUAAAGAUCAGUACUAUCGUUGCUGUUGGACUCUGUGGAAAUGGGGAGUGAGUGAAUGCGUGCAGACCUGGCUUGUGUAAGAUAUUCUCUUUAUCUGCUCAUUAUGUAGUCAUUACAUUGAAAUGGUUUUAAAUUAAAGGAAACAAAACUGUGA